AAGCUGGUCGAGCUGUACCGCGCCAUCACGGUUGGCGCCUCCGCCUUCCUCAACGCCGAGUACAAGCUCUGCGCCCUCUUCGUCGCCGUCGUCUCGGUCGGCAUCACCCUCCUCAUCUCGUGGGCGACCAAGGACCCGGCGACCGGCGAGUGGGCGUGGACGUCGGGCCUCAUCUCCGCGCUCUCCUUCUUCGUGGGCGCGGUCACCUCGAUGGUCUCCGGCUUCAUCGGCAUGCGCGUCGCCGUCUUCUCCAACGCGCGCUGCACCGUCGGCGCCUGCGCGCCCGCUCCGCACGGCUGGACGCACUCGUUCAACACCGCCUUCCGCGCCGGUGGCGUGAUGGGCUUCUCGCUCACUGGCGUGGCGCUGCUCUCGCUCUACGCGCUCAUCCUCGGGCUGCGCCCCCUCUUCGGCUCAGAGCAGACCGACCUCAUGCACCUCUUCGAGUGCAUCGCCGGCUUCGGCCUCGGCGGCUCGUCCAUCGCCAUGUUCGGCCGCGUCGGCGGAGGCAUCUACACAAAGGCGGCGGACGUGGGCGCCGACCUGGCGGGCAAGGUGGUUGAGAACCUGCCCGAGGACGACCCGCACAACCCGGGCACCAUCGCCGACAACGUGGGCGACAACGUCGGCGACGUGGCGGGCAUGGGCUCCGACCUCUUCGGCUCGUUUGGCGAGGCGAGCUGCGCCGCCCUCCUCGUCGGCGCCUCGUCGCCGAUGAUCGUCGCCGCCGGCUGGGGCGCGCUCAUGUUCCCGCUCGCGCUCUCGGGCGUGGGCAUCCUCGUCUGCAUGGCCACCUCCUUCGUCGCCACCGACCUGAUGCCCGUCCGCGACGAGAAGGGCAUCGAGUCGGCCCUCAAGAUGCAGCUGCUCGUCUCGACGCUGCUGAUGACGCCGUGCGUCUACGCGCUCGCCGUGACGCUGCUCCCCGCCGCGACGUGCGGCAUGUGCGUCGGCGGCUUCGUCGUCGGAGGCGUCUGCUCCUCGCCGCUCAAGGCCUUCUUCUGCGUCGGCUUCGGCCUGUGGGGCGGCUGCGUCAUCGGCUUCGUCACCGAGUACUACACGUCCUUCUCGUACACGCCAGUGCAGGAGGUCGCCAACGCCUGCCGCACCGGCGCCGCCACCAACGUGAUCUACGGGCUCGCGCUCGGCUACAAGUCCGCCAUCGUCCCCGUCUUCGUCGUCGCCUUCAUCGUCUUCGGCGCCCACUCCCUCGCCGGCUUCUACGGCAUCUCGCUCGCCGCGCUCGGCAUGCUUGCCACCCUCGCCACCUGCCUGUCGAUCGACGUGUACGGCCCGGUCUGCGACAACGCGGGCGGCAUCGCCGAGAUGUGCGAGCUGCACCCGUCCGUCCGCGAGAAGACGGACGCGCUCGACGCCGCGGGCAACACCACCGCCGCCAUCGGCAAGGGCUUCGCCAUCGGCUCCGCCUGCCUCGUCGGCCUCGCCCUCUUCGGCGCCUUUGUGACGCGCCUCUCGGCCGAGGGCGGCAUCACGACCGUCGACCUGCUCGACCCGAUCACCUUCGCCGGCCUGCUCGUCGGCGCGAUGCUGCCCUACUGGUUCUCGGCCAUGACCAUGAAGUCGGUCGGCAUGGCCGCCAACGCGAUGGUCAUCGAGAUCAAGCGCCAGUUCGACGCCAACCCGAACCUGCUCAUCCCCAACCACCCCGACCGGCCCGACUACGACACGUGCAUCAAGAUCUCGACCGACGCGUCGCUGCAGGAGAUGAUCGCGCCGGGCGCCCUCGUCAUGCUCUCGCCCGUCCUCUGCGGCGUCUGCUUCGGCACGCGCUGCGUCACCGGCCUGCUCGCGGGCGGCAUCGCCUCCGGCAUCCAGAUGGCGAUCUCGUCGUCCAACACGGGCGGCGCGUGGGACAACGCUAAGAAGUACAUCUCCAAGGGCGCGAUGGACGAGCUCAUCGGCCAGCUCGAGCCCGAGACGGUCGACGGCACCGGCAAGGUCCAGACCAAAAAGUCGCAGAUCUUCAAGGCGGCCGUCACGGGCGACACGGUCGGCGACCCGCUCAAGGACACGUCCGGCCCGGCGCUCAACAUCCUGAUGAAGCUGAUGGCCAUCAUCUCGGUCGUCUUCGCCGAGCUCUUC